GUCAAAGUCACAUAGGCUAACAGAGCCAAAUGUCAAUCGGUGCUUAAAUAGGGAACGAGACGAAAAAAAGGCCUACAACGACAAAUAGUAAAACAAACGGUGGAGAGGUAUAGACGGUUAAAAAAGGGAGAUGAAGCGCCGAUUUGAACACGAGGAGACCUCCGAUAGCGGAGAAGAGGUGGAACUGACCGACGGUGCGCGCGCGCCAACCGCUGCAGAGAAGGCCAGAUGGAGGCAGCAGCGAAGGGCGGACCCGGACGUAGGAGCCAAAAAGCCGCUGACCCUACGCGACAGAUUCGAGGCGGUGAAGCGGAGGUUUCUGCAGGCGAUGCCGGAGGAAAAGCGCAGGAUCCACCGGGUGCUGGAGGCGGCGCUGGCGAUGAGUCGUCGGAAGCGCGAGCGGAAGGAGGCGCUGCGACGACAGGCGGAAGAGGGCACCGGCACAAAGAAGCCCGGCGAGGAGAGCGACGAGGCGCCGCCACCCCCACCAUUCCGGGUGGUGCUGCCGCCGAUGCAGCCCCAGGCCGAGGAGCCGGAGGCCAAGGGGGCGCAAACCCAGGCCACGGGCGAGCUGCCGGGGUCGACCCAAGCCCAGCCCACGGAUCCCGAGUCCGAGUGGCAGCGGCGGCUGCAGCAGGCCGAGGAGGAGGAGGAGGAAAUGUGGCAGCCAACGCCACAGUCCGAGGACGACGAGGGCCCAGCGCGGCAUGAACAGCAGGCCGAGGAGGAAGAGCAGCAGAAUCAGCAGCAGCAGUGGCAGCGCCAAGGGCAGCAGCAUCAGCAGCAGCAGUGGCAGCAGUGGAGAGGACCCGAGGCGGCAGUGAUGGGCCCGUACGUGUCGCAAGAAGUGCGGACCGCCGUGCGACAGGGGAUGGUGUGGCACCACCAAACCCUGCACAUCACGUGGGCCUCGGGGCCCGCGCCAUGUGAAGCCCAGCCAGAGGCCGGUGCUCGGGUAUGGGAGGAACCUCCCCGAGGCAGCAACAGCAGGGACCCGCGGAGGAGGGACCCCGGACCCGCCCCCACGACCGGGACGGCAGAGGCCGAUGCGGCGGCCGAAUCAGCGGCGACGGCAGAGCCAACCGAGACGGCAGCGACCGAGACGCCGGCUGCGGAGACAGAGAGGGCCGAGGCGGCGGCGGCCGAAGCAGCGGCGACGGCGACGGCAGAGACAACGGCAGUGGGCGGCGGUGACCCGCGCGCAAGCCCAAAUCCGGCUCGUGGGGAGGAGGAUUAAGAAGCUGGUCAGCGAGCGGGCCACCCGAUACCACAUCGCGAUGUCGGCCGCACGCACGGAGGUGUUCCGGGAGCAAAAGCAGUAAAAAACGGGCAAGUAAGAAAAAAAGGAAAGAAAAGAGAAGCACACAUUUAAGAAAAA